AGCAGAGAAUGACUGUUGUAUGUUUGAUACACUAGGGUAUAGUAAUAUGGACACAGUAUGCUGGUUUUAAUAUCAAUUUGCGGUCACUUGGGUGGUCUGAAUCCCCAAUGUAUUCUCACAGGAAACUUGUAAUCGAAGUCAAGCACUGAAGUCUUGUCAAAACACUGUAGGUUAUUUAUGAGAAGACAGACACGCCUAUGUGGUGUUUACAGUAUCAAAUCGAAACUGUUUAUGUACAUUGAUAUGCCAAAACAAGGAAAUGAAAAACAGAACGUCAAUGAAGCAAAUGCAGAAUAAGACAAAAAAAGAUAUGUUAGAAAAUUAAGCUGAUAGUAGCCUUCAUUAACCGCGGCGUGUAAUUUUUUUUAAAAAAAUAUUGAUUCAGUUCUGAAAAAAAGUGAAACUGGUGUGCAAUGGAGGCGUUUAACUAUCUGUAUCACCUUUACUUUGAUAUCCACGGGCUUGAUAUUAACCAGCAAGACAAGGUUGAAAACUAUUUUAAAAUCAAGAGAAAGUCUGACGGCGGCGAAUGCAAGCUGAAGAGAAUCAGUGCCAGUGUUUACGAUAUCGCAUUCAAAGAAGAAGAAGCUCAGAAAAGAGUCCUAGAAAGAAAAGAGCACUCGAUUGAAACGACCAGUGGAUGCAUUGUAAUCACGGUCAGAGACUCAGAAUAUGCCCCGUCUGGACACAUAUCUGUCCAUACCUCACCUGCUAGUCAACAGGUCAUUGUUGAUAAGAGAGAUCAAUUUGACCGUGACCAAGCCUCCAUAAAACAAAGGUCUCCUUUUGGAUUAGGAAAGGCUGAGACUGAGAGCCUGACUAGAUCUACUAUGGUUCUCAAACUGGACUCCUACUUGAUCCGCUACCUACAGGACUGUGCAGAGGCUGGCAAUGAAUUGCGCCACCAGCUUUCUCUGCUGACAUGCUCAGUUCAUCUAUGCCAGGAGAAGGAGGAGGCAACAGUGACUCUAGAAGGGGGUAAUGAGUCUUCACAUUUGAAGGGAAAUAUUAAGAAGGCUUUUGAGGUCAUGCAGGAGAGAUACAAAUGCCAUUAUGAACCUGACCCGACCAAACAACAAACUUUGAUGAAAAGCCCUGAACUUGUCAACAAAUCCCUUCGCAUGUACCCUGAAUCGGGUCAGGGUUUCACUGUUAUAGUGGGCUUAAAUGAAGACAUCUUGAAGCUUCUGCAGAUACUAGAUGUCUUCGUUUUCCAGAAAAGAAGGAAGGAAAGCUCCAUCAAGACAGAAUGUAGAAUACACGGUCCAAAAUAUAAACUUGUAAGGAAGUCUUUUGAAAAUGAAUUGCGAGUACAGUUCUCCAGCCUAGUUCUAUCUGGAGACUGUAAGUCUUCUCUGGUCUUAGAAGGUGCCCCUGAAGAAGUCCAUUCUGGGAGACUGAAACUACAUGAAUUGUUGAAUCAAGUCCAGGAACGUUUCGUCAAACUCAGCAGUCUCCAGAUGUCAUUCCUGAAAAGAAGUGGUACUCAGCAGUUCAUGACAAAGUUCUUCAGCACACUGCAAAGCCCUGUUACUUUGGAAGCAGAUCUUGAUGUAAAACUAUUUGGACUGUCCAAGAAGGAGCUUGAAGAAGCUGAGAAGAUCCUCCUGGUGGAACUCCAAGAAGAUGUUAUUAGAGUCCCAGAGGAUUAUCUGCUCUCUACCCACCUUCCACAACUGAAGGAAUUUCUGCAAAGCACAGAAUCUCAGAUAAACUAUUCAGGAGUGAGAAACAUUGAGAUCUUGCAUGCACAAAAAUCCAACACAGGUGGUCAAAAGAUACAUGUUGUAGGGUACAACAAUGAAGUCAAAAGGGCAAGAGAAAUGAUCAACAGCUACAUAGAAAAAAUAAACACCACAAUCACCCAAGAAGUCCUUCUGCAGAGCUCCCAAUUGGCAGACUAUUUCUUCGAGCUGCUUGAGCUUAUAGAUUUUCAGAAUGCUGGGGUUGAGAUGAUCACUGUGCAUUCUCCAUCACCUGCUGUCCAGCUAACUGGACCCUACCACCGUGUGGUGGACACCAAGAAUUCUCUUCAGCAAGCACUCAACACUUUGGUUUUAGAAGGGCUGAUCAUCUCAAAACCAGGAGCUUACGAGUAUUUCCAAGGGCCUGGAAAGGAGUACUUGACUCUAAUUAGCAAGAAAUACCAUUGUCUGCUCAAGAUGACUGAGACAGGUAACGUUGCGGUAAUGUAUCCAACUGAAGGAGCAUCAGUGGGGGUCUUGUGCAGUUUCCAGCUAGGGAGCAAUCUUUCUCUCCUUGUCCAACAAGGGGAUAUAACCAAGUUGAAGGUGGAUGCCAUUGUAAAUGCUGCCAAUGAGGAUCUGAUGCAUGGAGGCGGGUUGGCAUUGGCUAUAAGCACUGCAGGAGGUGCAGCAAUCCAACAAGAGAGCAAAGAGUUGGUGAAGACGACAGGUAAGGUGUUGCCUGGAAAUGCAGUCGCCACUUCAGCUGGUAAACUGCUUUGCAAGAAGGUCAUCCAUGCAGUUGGACCUAAGUGGGAAAAUGGAAAAAGCCCUGACAGAGUUAAACAGCUUCUGGAGAGUGCAAUCAAGCAGUCCUUGGAAUUAGCUAAUAAAAUGGGCUUCCAGACGGUGGCUGUGCCGUGCUUGAGCUCAGGGAUCUUUGGAGUUCCCCAGGUAAUCUGUGCUGAAUGCAUUGUGUCGGCAGUGAGGAGUUUUGCUAGGGUACCACACACCCUUCGUGUUAUUACCCUCAUUGACAUCAGAAAGGAGACAGUGAGUGAAUUUCAGACUGCAUGUCAGAAGCUCUUGGGGAAAAGCAAAUUCUCUGAAGGGUUUGAGAGGAUACAAGAAAUGGAGCUGGGAGCCACAGCCAUCCCUGUAUCAGAAGAAGAUACUGCAGCAUUCGGCACUCUCAAAGUGGAGAUAGUCCGGGGCAAAAUCGAGGAGGAAAAGACUGAUGUGCUGGUUGCUCCACUGAAAGACCUUGACUUGGCCUCCACAAGGGUUGCUAAGGCCUUACUGGAGAGAGCUGGCUCCAAGCUAGGACAGAACUUUGUCCAGUCCUUUAGUGGUACACAGUUCCACCCUGGUAAUGUGGUGAUGGUCACUGGAGGUUCGGGUCUCGACUGUAAGCAGGUGCUGUUCCUUCUAUGCAGCCAGUGGGAUGGACCUCAGGGGAACGCUAUAAAGGCUCUUCACAGAGGCUUGCAGGCCUGCCUGGAGCACUGCAAUACCGUUGCUCUGGAGUCCAUUUCCUUCCCAGUGAUCGGUUCAGGGUUGGCUCUUGGUUUCCCCCAUGAGGUGGCUGCCAAAGCUCUGCUGACUGAAGUGAGCCGUUUCGAGCAGGACCACAAUCCUAGCUGGAUCAAGACAGUGAGGAUAGUCAUUCACCCAGAUGACAGACACUCCACAGCGGCAUUCCGAGAUGCACAGAAAGGAAUAGAUCUGAAGGAGUUAAGAAUGGAAAAUGAAUCGGAGCAAAUAUUCUACCACUCCUUCUCAUCCCAGCCUGAUGAUGUUACUAUCAUGGUGGGCGGGGUGAAGUUACAAGUGGUCCAUGGAGAUAUUGUCACAGAAACUGUGGAUGUCAUUGUCAAUUCCACAGAUUUCACGACAGAUUAUAAAGGUGUAGCACUGGCUAUACUCUCUGCAGCUGGACCUGGCGUUCAAAGAUCCCUUCAGACAGCUAUCGUGCCUCCUAAAAAGAUUGUGGUCACACAGCCAGGAAAUCUCAAAUGUAAAAUGAUCAUGCAUGUGUGUGGUGAAAGAGACGCAGACUUCAUUAAAAAGCAAACUAACAGAGUCAUUCUCCUGUGUGAACAACAAUCUUGUGUAUCAGUGGCCUUCCCAGCCAUAUGUACAGGGGUAGGUGGUUUGGAUCCCAGGCUGGUUGCUAAAGCUAUGGUUGACGGGGUCGCUUCCACUGUACGGGACAGAAAGAUGCAGUUUGUCUCCACUGUCCGGAUCGUCCUGUGGCAGAGAGAUGUCUUCGCCGCUUUCAAAUCCACUGUGGAGGGUCGUUUUGGAAGGCCUGCACCACUGCGUUCACCCAGAGAGCUUACCAAGCACUUGAUGCAGAAAGUGAAAACUUUGCCUCAUCUUCUAAAACAGACUCCAGGCACGGAUACAAGGGAGUUAUUUUCCAGAUCGGAAGACAUUUUCCUUCCAGCAAUUUUUGAUGUAAUCGGCCUGAAGAGAUGCGACACAGAGAACACCAAACAGAGGCUGGAAACCACUUUCAAUCUUCAAUUCCAUGAAGAGUGCCUACCGGCAGAGAACAUCUCCAAACUGAAAGCAGAGGAGGUCCAGGCUGUUUUAAACAAGGCAAAGAUUUUAAGGGUGCAGGUGACCAUCGAACAAGAUGGUAGCAACAGGCUAUUGAUUAGAGGAGUCAAAUCAGAGGUAAUGGAAGUUAGCCGAAUGGUCCAGCAUUAUCUGAGGUCUGCACUAGAAAGACAACUAAAGGAGGGGCAACAGACUUUUAUUGAAGUUUUGGUGCAGUGGUACUAUGAAGAAGAUGGCCAUUGGAAGGCAUUUUAUCCUGAAGCCAAUUUGCAGUUGGAAACUAACAGAACAAGCAAGGAUAUUGUGUUGACGGAUGGAACUGGGAAGAUUCUCUGCAUUGACUUUCAACAGAUGAGAGCAACUGACCAGUACUCCAAAGAAAUUCUAAAAGUGAAGAGGAUUGAGAAAAUGACAGACUACAGCCUACCUGUUUAUUGGGACAGCAUGGACAAUCAUCUUUUCAUGAAAUCUCAGCUACAGCCUCACACCAACGAAUAUCUGGACAUUGUAAAAGACUUCAAGAAAACAGCUGCCAACAAAAUAAUCAAAGUAGAAAGGAUUCAGAACCAGUAUUUGAGGCAAGGUUACGACUUGAAAAAGAAACACCUUGAGGCAAAGAAUGGACAGAACCAGGUGAGGGAGAGGGUUCUCUACCAUGGCACUCAACUGACUUCGUGUGAAUCAAUUGAGAAGAACGGAUUCAAUAGGAGUUACGCAGGGAAGAACGCAACGGCCUAUGGACAUGGUGUCUACUUUGCUGUCAACGCCAGCUAUUCUGCCCAGUCUAGAUAUUCAUUACCUGACUCUAACGGUUUGAAGUACAUGUAUGUGGCUCGAGUUCUGACGGGUAGAUACACAGUCGGAAACUCCACAAUGAAAGUCCCACCUGAGCACUCUGCACAUGACCUCUAUGACAGCUUGGUGGACAAUGCUCAAAAUCCCACAAUUUUUGUCACCUUUCAUGAUGACCAAGCUUACCCAGAUUAUCUAAUAACGUUUCAGUAACUCUUUGUUAGAAGAACAAGCUGGAUUGAUUUUUUUUAAUAUGAUUUAAAAGACUUGGGACAGAGCUCCAAAGGCAGGGAGCAUAAAUAUUGGCCCUCGCCCCUCCUGAUUUUAGAUGACUUCUACAAACUCCACAAAGUUCAACAUUUGCUGAUCUCAAGGUGCGACUAGGCACAGAAAGUGCCAACGUUUUCCUGUAAAUAUAAAGGCCCAAAACCAUGAAGGCCCUUAAUGAUUAUUAUACAACCAAUUAUCAGCUUAAACAGCAUAUGUUUAAAAUGUGUUAACUAAGGGCUCUCGUUACAAAUCUUUAAUGACCAUUUUAGGGAAUGUGUUUGGUUCAGAUUGUUUUUGAUCAAUUAAAUCAAGCAUGCAGUUCAUGAACCUUUUUUUAAACAGUUUUAGAGAAGAUUAUAUGUUUAUUUUCAAACACAAAAUUAUGAAAAUGAAAACUUCCAACAGUGCAUGUUUGUCUCCUUGUUUAUUUCUGUCCAUACAAAUAUGACAAAAAAUAACUUUUGUAUGGUUUAAAAGAGAGGUUGUUAGACCAGCUGCUGUUGAGAUCAAUUGAAUGAAGCUCUGUGGCAUGUCCAGCCCCAUCGAGAGAAAUUUGGGGCCUCUAUACAUCAUGUUGGCUGCUGAGAAUUUGAGCUUGAUUCAACUUGUCAAGACCCAAGGGACAACUAAAAAAGCGACCCUUAUCAGUGGUGAUUUUACACCCAUAAGGCUAACUUGUAAUUAUGUUAUAAGGCCAAGCCACUUUGUCUAAAACAGGAAUGGAAGUAAUCAUAUUUUAGAAUAACUAAAUAUUUUAAAGAACUUAAUAUUCCUCAAACUGCUUAUGUAAAUGAUAAAUAAACAGACCAUGACAGUUAUUUUCUGUUAGAUGGUUUGCUUUUGUCCCUCCAUUACCUUUCUAUGAUAUUUGCAAUCAUUCAGAAUCAUUUGACUCAUUCAUCUUAUCAAAGUCAAUAGUUGAACCCUAACUCAACUCCAGGAGGUAAAGUAGGAGGGCAACUAGGCUGACAUCAGAAAUAAUGACACAAGCUAUGGGGGAAAAAGAGAAAGAGGGGACUUAAUUAAGGUCUGUACAAUCAUAAGUGGUAUAAAGUUAACCCAAUACACUACUUAAAAUGUAGCACAGAGAGAACAAUAGGGCAUAAAUAGAAGCUGAGUAUGUAAGCUUAGAACAGAAGGUAUGUAAUAAGCAUGUAAUAGCAUACCAGGUGGUGUAGUAUGAUUUAAAACACUGGGAACAUUUAACAAAGACUAGAUUAUGUACUUUUGAAUUAGAUCCCCCCAGUAGGGGAGAAUAGUAUGCUAACAAGGGGCAACCCUUGAUGGGCCGAAUGGCCUCCUCUUGUUUGUAUAUUUUUUGUAUGUUCUUAUAUGAAAGUUUAGUAUAGUAAAAGCAUGGUAUGGUCUGAUAAAACAUUAAAUUAUGCCAAUGUUGAGUGAAAAUGUAUUGCUAUUCAUAUGAAAGAAAAUGUGUUGGUAAUGUUAAACCAGUUUGCUGGAGGUGAUUUUGGCAUAAAUAAAUGGUAAGGUAACUUAGGCUUUGAUUGAAGUUAUAAGGCACAUGCAAGAAAGUAUGGGAAAGGACAAAUAUUGUAACCACAGUAACCUUGUAAAAGAGAUUAGUUUGUGGUUGAUUGCACUUCAGUGGAGUAACAGCUGAAUAACACAUUUUUAUUAUAAUUAGUAAGAUAACAGAAUAAAAAACUGUAGUGACAUAUGCGCUAAGCCUACUAGAGUAUAAAUACUAGGCAUGGAGGUGACAAAGACAGAGAAGCUCCCAAUACCUCCAGAUCAUCAGGACCAACAUAGCAAAUUAGUGAUUGUCUAAUUUUAUUGAUGACUUGAAUAGGCCACACAUGCAAUGCAUUUAAAAUAUUAAGAAAAAAGGAACACAUAGCCACAAAUGGUAAAAUGCAGGAGACAUUUUUGAAAUUGUUUAAGAUGCCUAAUUAAAGCACAAAGUGGUCAAACAUG